AUGGAUGGAGAUGUUGUCAUCGGAGGGUUUUUCCCUCUGCACUAUGUAGGCUCUGAGCAACAACAUGUCUACCACAGCAAACCCCUAAUGACACCGUGCAGCGGGUUUGACCAAAGAGCAUUUCGUUGGAUGAUGACUAUGGCGUUUACUAUGGAGGAAAUUAACAAUAAAUCUGAUCUGUUACCAGACAUUAAAUUAGGCUAUAGAAUGAUGGAUAGCUGUGACAACAUCUACAACAGUCUGCACGGACUUUUCUCCUUAGUCACUUACUCCAAGGAAGAGUUAAAAACACCACAGUCUGAAUCUUCCAUGUGUCUGUCUGGUUCUCCUGUUCCUGCUGUCAUUGGUCUUGCAUCAUCUUCUCCAACAAGAGCUGUAGCACAAACUCUUGGCUCUUUCAACAUCUCAUUGGUGAGUUAUUUUGCCACUUGUACCUGUCUUAGUGACAAACUAACAUACCCAUCAUUCUUGAGGACUGUGCCCAGUGAUUUGUUUCAAGUUAAAGGUCUGGUUCAGCUGGUCACRUUCUUUGGCUGGCUCUGGGUGGGAACAUUAGGAAUCACAGAUGACUACAGYCACUAUGGAAUCCAAGCAUUCUCUAAUCAGUUUAAAUCACAAGGUGGUUGCGUUGCAUUUCAUCUCACAAUUCCAGCAUCACCCACCUCAACUGAAAUACAACAAAUGGCAGAUGUAAUACAGAAAUCAACUGCACGGGUAGUUGUGGUCUUUUCCAAUGAGGGGCAAUUACUGGAUCUGUUUUUAGAGCUCACUCAACGAAAUGUUACAGGGAUCCAAUGGAUAGCUAGUGAGUCCUGGGUGGCUGCUAGUAUUUUGACCUUACCACAAUUCCACYACCUUUUAGAGGGAACUCUGGGCUUCUCCUUCCCAGGGGUCAGAAUACCUGGGUUAAAAGAGUUCCUACUGAAAGUCCGUCCAUCUCCCAAAGCAGGAAUGGAAUUUAUCAACAUGUUCUGGGAGGAGCAGUUUGGUUGUAAACUGAGGUUUGAAGAAAACAUACUCAGAGAAAAUGAGACACAUACUAUGAACGAUACCAAGCCUGUAUGUACAGGUUCAGAAGAUCUAAGCCUCACUGUCAGCAGCUACACAGAUGUGCCUACAUCUCAGUGUAGUGCUCCAUGUCCCCCUGGCAGCAGACAGGCCAUACAACCAGGAGAGCCUCGCUGUUGCUUUGAUUGUUUGCCUUGUGCAGAUGGAGAGAUCAGCAAUCAGACUGGUUCCACUGAGUGCAUCAAAUGUCCAGAGUUUUACUGGUCAGACAAAGACAAGGUGAAAUGUAUUGCUGGAGUUGAAGACUUCUUGUCUUUUAAUGAGACCAUGGGCAUCAUCUUAGUUGCCCUCACUCUGCUGGGUGUCAUCCUGACGAUAAUCAUCACUGUUAUCUUUCAUCAUUUCCGGACCACUCCCAUUGUCAAGGCCAACAACUCAGAAAUCAGUUUCUUGCUUCUUCUGUCAAUCAAGUUAUGUUUCCUGUGUUCCCUGGUGUUCAUCGGCCAACCAUCUGUGUGGACAUGUGUGUUACGCCAGGCAGCGUUUGGUAUCAGCUUUGUCAUCUGCCUGUCCUGCCUCUUAGUCAAGACUGUUGUUGUUCUAUUGGCUUUUCGGGCCAAUGUACCUGGUCCCAAGGGUCUGUUUGGUCCAUCUCAGCAGAGGAGUAUGAUCUUCUGCACAACAGCUCCUCAGAUUUGUCUCUGUACAGGCUGGCUGUUGGGGGCUCCACCUUUCCCAAUCAAGAAUUCAACAUAUCAGGCCUUAAAUGGAAAAAUUGUUGUGGAGUGUAAGGAGCCGUGGCCUCCUGGAUUUUAUCUUGUUCUUGGUUACAUCGGCCUGCUUGCCUUUGUCUGCCUCCUUCUGGCGUUCCUUGGAAGGAAGCUACCAGAUACUUUCAACGAGGCAAAAUUUAUCACUUUCAGCAUGUUGAUCUUUGUUGCUGUGUGGAUCUCUUUUAUUCCAGCUUAUGUUAGCUCUCCUGGGAAAUUCUCAGUAGCUGUGGAAAUAUUUGCAAUUUUAGCUUCUAGUUUUGGUCUCCUUUUGUGUAUUUUUGUGCCCAAAUGUUAUAUCAUUUUGUUGCACCCUGAGAGAAAUGUUAAAAAAGGCAUGACAAGAAAAAUUCAACAGAUGAACUUCCCAUCUGUUAGUGUUUUCUUUGCACAUCAGACAAACACAAAUGUAUAUUCCUGA